AUGUUCCCCGAGACGUCCCUUUGCUUCAUCGGACUUACAGCUGAGUGUGCUUUUUUGGCAGAUAAAAUUUUUGACGAUGAAGACUCCGUGGAUGGGAACAGACCUUCCUCAGCUAGCUCCUCUACAUCUUCAAAGGCCCCUGCAAACUCCCGCAGAGUUGGGAUGGGGACCACCCGCAGACUUGGGUCUGCAGCUCUGGGCUCCAAGUCUUCAACAGCCAAAGAGGGAGCAGGUGCUGUGGAUGAAGAAGACUUCAUUAAGGCAUUUGAAGAUGUCCCAACGGUUCAGAUUUAUUCCAGCCGGGAUCUUGAGGAAUCUAUAAACAAAAUCAGAGAGAUACUAUCGGAUGAUAAGCAUGACUGGGAACAAAGAGUUUCCGCGCUGAAAAAGAUCCGUUCCUUACUUUUGGCUGGAGCCGCAGAAUAUGAUAACUUCUUCCAACACUUAAGACUUCUGGAUGGAGCAUUUAAAUUAUCCGCUAAAGACCUGAGGUCUCAAGUAGUGCGAGAGGCUUGUAUCACGUUGGGACAUUUGUCAUCAGUUCUGGGAAACAAGUUUGACCAUGGGGCAGAAGCCAUCAUGCCAACAAUUUUUAAUCUAAUUCCGAAUAGUGCCAAAGUCAUGGCCACGUCUGGUGUUGUAGCAGUUAGAUUAAUCAUUCGACAUACGCACAUCCCUCGAUUAAUACCCAUCAUAACCAGUAACUGUACCUCCAAGUCUGUUGCAGUUAGAAGGCGCUGUUUUGAAUUUUUAGACUUGCUGUUGCAAGAGUGGCAAACACACUCCCUAGAAAGACACAUAUCAGUGUUAGCUGAAACAAUAAAGAAGGGAAUUCAUGAUGCAGACUCUGAAGCCAGGAUAGAGGCAAGAAAGUGCUACUGGGGUUUCCACAGUCACUUCAGCAGAGAGGCAGAGCAUCUGUACCACACCUUGGAAUCUUCCUACCAGAAGGCCCUGCAGUCGCAUUUGAAGAACUCUGACAGCAUCGUGUCCUUGCCACAGUCGGAUCGUUCCUCCUCCAGCUCCCAGGAGAGUCUCAACCGUCCAUUGUCUGCCAAAAGAAGUCCUACUGGAAGUACUACAUCUAGAGCAUCUACAGUAAGUACAAAAUCUGUGUCAACACCAGGAUCUCUGCAGCGAUCCCGCAGUGACGUCGAUGUGAAUGCAGCAGCUAGUGCCAAGUCAAAAGUGACGUCUGCUGGAGCAUCUGCCCCCUUCAGUUCUGCUGCAGCCUUGCCCCCAGGCUCAUACGCAUCACUAGGUCGGAUUCGUACAAGGAGACAGAGCUCGGGCAGUGCCACAAGUGUCACCUCAACGCCUGCUGAUACCCGCGGCCGCAGCCGGGCUAAAGUAGUUUCCCAGUCCCAGCGAUCCAGAUCAGCUAAUCCUGCUGGUGCUGGUAGCCGGUCUAGUUCUCCGGGAAAGCUGUUAGGAAGCGCCUAUGGUGGCCUGAGCAGUGGAACAUCCAGAGUCCAGCCGGUGCCAUCAUCUUCAGAGAAGCGCAGCAAGAUCCCUCGGAGCCAGGGAUGCAGUCGAGAGACAAGUCCCAACAGAAUAGGACUAGCACGGAGCAGUCGCAUCCCCCGACCCAGCAUGAGUCAGGGGUGCAGCCGCGAUACCAGCCGUGAGAGCAGUCGAGAUACAAGCCCUGCUCGGGGCUUUCCUCCACUUGACCGGUUUGGACUUGGACAGCCAGGCAGGAUGCCUGCUUCUGUGAAUGCCAUGCGAGUCCUGAGCACAAGCACAGAUCUGGAAGCUGCUGUGGCUGAUGCACUGAAAAAGCCAGUGAGAAGAAGAUAUGAACCCUAUGGGAUGUACUCCGAUGACGAUGCUAACAGUGAUGCGUCCAGCGCUUGCUCAGAGCGCUCCUAUGGUUCCAGGAAUGGGGGCAUUCCACACUACCUGCGGCAGACUGAAGAUGUGGCCGAGGUCUUGAACCACUGUGCCAGCUCCAACUGGUCUGAAAGGAAAGAGGGGCUCAUAGGUCUUCAGAACUUACUGAAAAGCCAGCGGACACUGAGCCGAGUCGAGUUAAAAAGGCUGUGUGAAAUAUUUACUCGCAUGUUUGCUGAUCCUCACAGCAAGAGAGUCUUCAGCAUGUUUCUGGAAACCCUGGUUGAUUUCAUCAUAAUUCACAAAGAUGACCUGCAGGAUUGGCUUUUUGUUCUCCUGACACAGUUGCUAAAGAAAAUGGGAGCAGAUUUGCUGGGGUCUGUGCAGGCAAAAGUUCAAAAAGCUCUGGAUGUCACCAGGGAUUCUUUUCCAUUUGAUCAACAAUUUAACAUUUUGAUGAGGUUUAUAGUAGAUCAGACCCAAACACCAAACCUGAAGGUGAAAGUUGCUAUACUGAAGUAUAUUGAGUCCUUGGCAAGACAGAUGGAUCCAACAGACUUUGUGAACUCCAGUGAGACAAGACUUGCUGUAUCUAGAAUUAUAACUUGGACAAAAGAACCAAAGAGCUCGGAUGUGAGAAAGGCAGCACAAAUAGUCCUGAUUUCUCUCUUUGAAUUGAACACUCCGGAGUUUACCAUGUUACUUGGUGCCUUGCCAAAAACAUUCCAGGAUGGUGCUACCAAGCUCCUGCACAACCACCUCAAGAACUCCAGUAACACCAGUGUGGGUUCCCCCAGCAAUACCCUUGGUCGGACUCCUUCCCGGCACUCCAGCAGCAGAACCAGCCCCUUAACUUCACCUACCAACUGUUCCCAUGGUGGACUGUCUCCAAGUCGGCUCUGGGGUUGGAGUGCAGAUGGGCUGUCGAAGCACCCCCCUCCCCUUUCUCAGCCUAACUCCAUCCCCACUGCUCCUUCCCACAAGACUUUCAGACGCUCUUACUCUCCCAGUAUGCUGGAUUAUGACACGGAGAACCUAAAUUCUGAUGAAAUCUACAGCUCUCUUCGUGGAGUCACAGAAGCGAUUGAAAAAUUUAGUUUCCGGAGUCAAGAGGACCUGAAUGAGCCAAUCAAACGUGAUGGAAAGAAAGACUGUGACAUUGUGUCUCGAGAUGGUGGCCUCGCUGUGCCUGCCAGUGAUGUCCAUGGAAGCAGUGACAUUGUGGAAGGUGGAAGGAUGGCUCUAGAUAACAAAACCUCCCUACUGAACACUCAGCCUCCCCGCGCCUUUUCGGGUCCACGUGCUCGAGAAUAUAACCCCUAUUCUUAUGCUGACACAAUUAACACCUAUGACAAGACUGCGCUGAAGGAAGCAGUGUUCGAUGAUGACAUGGAUCAGCUUCGAGAUGUACCCAUUGACCAUUCAGAUUUGGUGGCCGACCUUCUGAAAGAGCUCUCCAACCACAACGAGCGGGUGGAGGAGCGGAAAGGAGCCCUCCUGGAACUGCUGAAGAUCACAAGGGAAGAUAAUCUUGGAGUUUGGGAGGAACACUUUAAAACCAUUCUGCUCUUGCUACUGGAAACACUUGGAGACAAAGAUCAUUCAAUAAGAGCCCUGGCACUGCGAGUCCUGAGAGAGAUCUUGCGGAACCAGCCAGCAAGGUUUAAGAACUAUGCAGAGUUGACCAUCAUGAAAACACUGGAAGCGCAUAAGGAUUCGCACAAAGAGGUCGUCAGAGCUGCUGAAGAAGCUGCUUCCACCCUGGCAAGUUCUAUCCACCCUGAGCAAUGCAUCAAGGUGCUUUGCCCCAUCAUUCAGACUGCAGAUUAUCCAAUUAACUUAGCUGCCAUCAAAAUGCAGACGAAAGUCAUCGAGAGGAUUUCCAAGGAAUCGUUGCAUCAGCUCCUUCCCGAUAUAAUUCCUGGGUUGUUACAGGGUUAUGAUAAUACGGAGAGCAGUGUCCGUAAAGCUAGCGUAUUUUGCUUAGUGGCAAUUUAUUCAGUAAUUGGAGAAGAACUGAAACCUCAUCUCACACAACUGACGGGAAGCAAGAUGAAGCUACUAAACUUGUACAUAAAGAGGGCCCAGACCACCAACAGCAACAGCAGUUCCUCUUCAGAUGUUUCAACGCACAGUUAAUGGAGAUUUGUGGACAUAUGUGUAGACUUAGAAGCAAUCAACGGUGCCUCUCAGAGACCUUUCUGCUACUUUUCACUGGCGCGCUCCAUCAGCUCAAGGAGGCCAUGCAGAUAUUUAUUGCAAUCAGUAUUUUAGUCACUUAAAAGCUUUUAUGUAGAAUCUUACUGGUAUUGAAUGUAAAGGAACCAAGGUCUGUGUUGCAGUCUUCAUUAAAAGUGAACAACAGAAAGCCAUACUUAAACAUAUUUGUAUAGCCUGC